GAGAUCGAGUUGACCACGACGGUGACUGGCUAUUGAUGCUCGCCAGCUUGAACGCACCCUGCCCUUCUCAUGCUCAUUCACAGAACAUACUCUUCAUUAAUUGCUGCUGUACCCAACACCACCAUCGCGACACCUGCAACUGACUGGCGUGCGCCACCUCGCCGCCUCGCCCUCACCCUUGCGCACUAGUUUUCGCGCACACCACCUGUUCACAUAUUUGUACCCACACCCGCAUAUCUGUACCUUAUCCGACACACGAAUCCCUACUGAAGACACCGACUAAUCCGAGGAGGAACUCCGCACCGACGCAGUAGAGGAGCAGGACGGACGAAGGAAGGAGCUAGACGACGAGGAAGUCGUACGAGUAGAAGAAGAAACCAGCAGCAGGGCUUUGGUUUAUUGGCGUUCUGGGAAUGGCCAAGAAGAAGAAGACGGCCCUCAAGCCGGUGGCGCGCGGUUUCGCGACGACGUCCGUGCCCAAGAAGGUUGCGCCAGCGCCAGAACCUGUAGAGGAGCCCGCGUCGUCGGCGCGUGCGAGUCCAGAGGCGGAGGCGGACGCGUCGAGGGGCGAAGAGGGCGAUGCCGGGAAGGAUGCAAAGGAUGCGGCGACGGCUGCGCUCAGUGAGGAGGAUCAGGCGCUGCAAGGGCUGGUCGAGCGGCUGCAGGACAAGGUGGAGAAGGAGAUCACAAGGACUGUCAAGACCAUCGAAACUGACAGGUCAUUCGCCAAGACGUUCCCAACCCUUGAACUGGAUAGCAUCGCUACAAAGCGCAUCUUGGAUCUUGCCUUGACCUCAGAUGUUCGGCUGGAUGGCAAGAAAACAGUCGACGAUGCGGAUGACAAGGCCAUAUCGAAACUCGGGACAACCUACGGUGUUCUGCGCAGACUUGGUUUCUCAGAGGAACGAGUGGAGGAGUGCCUUCGGAGCAUCAGCGGCAUCGACAUCGAGGAGGCGUACGACUGGCUCUAUCUUCACUGCGACGAGGCUGAGCUUCAGUUCAACAAGGAAGCAGCUCCCGACCCGUCUGAGCCAAAGACGCCUAACGCGCAUGACAAGGGCACCCCGCGCACGCCUCGAACUCCUGCGCAAUUCCUAGCGCAGCAGUCCACACCCACCCGGAAAUCUACCAAACCAACGAAGGCGUCCCUUGGUAACAAGCCACGUCUGGAUGCGCAAGCCCCUCCGUUCAUCCCUCGCUCCCUGUCGUCUACACCAUCCGCUUCUACCCCGGAAACACCUGCUUCGGAAAUGUCCGACCUCGACACUCCGCCAACUAGCGAGAGCAUUCCGCCGCAGCCCGACCUCCGCUUCACUCCCUCAACCCAAGACCUGUCGUCUUCUGACGAGCCGCACGAAGACUACGUGAAGAUCCGCCUGCACAUUGACGAGAUCAACUACCAGAAGGUCAACGGCAAACCGCAGGGGAUGGCCAAGUUACCCGCUUUGCGCAAGCAGCUGGAAGACGUGAAGCAGAACUAUUUCUUCGACUUCCGUGAAGCAGAGGAAAUGUACACUGUGGCGCGGAAGAAGGCUGACGAGGAGCUCCUGCAAGCCAAAUUGCGCGGCCUUCACAUUGACGAGUCGCCCGCGCCAAAGGCCAAGAAGGCCGACAAGAAGAAGCCGCCACCGGAUAUCAAUACUAAGGGCGAAGCACCAACAGACGACGGCGACUCUGAUGAAGGCGGCAUGCUUGCGCUCCUCGACGGCCCCGCCACCUCCGGCACAAACACACAAGGCAAGACGAUCCCCGUCCGCGACAUGGCGCUUCCCAAGCACUGGUCCGGGCGCACGCCGAAGACCAUCCUCAGCGAGACGGUGAAGAAGCUCGAUCGAUACGCGGCGAUCUCCUACAGCGGCAUCUCCGGCAGCAGUCGCGCGGCGCGCGCGCGGCUCAGCAUCCGUUGGGCGGGCGGACGCCCAGAUGAGUGGGCGAUGGAAGAGACCGCGUGCGUAGACAUGGGGCAGGCGGAGCAGUACGUCGCCCUAGUUGCGCUUCACGGACUGUCGUUCCCGGCCUCUGCGGGCUUCGCGGCGGGCGCGAUGACGAGCGCGGUGGGCAGUCAGACGUUCUUCAGGCUGCUACCGCCGGAUUUCCGGGACCUGUGGGAUGAGCUAGACGCGGAGCGAAGGAGAAGGGAGGACGCGGCGAAUCGGGAGACAUGGGCGAAAUUGAGGGGCAUACUUGACGAGAAGGUGCAGAGGACGAAUAAGCAGACGCUCAAGGCUGCGAAGUCGACGGCGGAUGUGAAGGAAGCACCCAUUGUGGAUGCGCCUGCGUCGAGCAACGACGCGUUCUCCGAGCAGCUUCAGGAGUCCUUCCGCGUUCGACAGGCGAGCUCAAGCUAUCAGGAGAUGCUGACCUACCGCAACCAACUGCCGAUUGCGAACUAUCGCCACGAGAUCCUCAGCGCGCUCGACGCUUCACAGGUUCUUGUGCUCAGCGGCGAGACAGGAUGCGGCAAGUCUACCCAAGUGCCCACCUUCAUCCUGGAGGACCAGCUCUCCCAUGGCAAGCCGUGCAAGAUUUUCUGCACGGAGCCGCGUCGUAUAUCGGCGAUCUCUCUCGCUCAACGCGUCUCGCGCGAGCUCGGCGACGCACCGAACGCUGUUGGCACGAAUGCCUCGCUAGUGGGCUACAGCAUCCGCUUGGAGAGCAAUACGUCGAAGAAUACGCGCUUGACGUUUGUGACAAACGGUAUUGCGCUGCGCAUGCUGGAGAGCGGGUCGGGUCAGAGCGGGAGUGGGACGGCGUUCGAUGAGAUUACGCACAUCAUUAUCGACGAAGUGCAUGAACGCACCAUCGAGUCAGACUUCUUGCUGCUGACACUGCGAAGGCUGUUGGCUCAGCGCUCCGACCUCAAGGUCAUUCUCAUGUCCGCCACCGUGGACGCGGAAAAGAUCGCCGAGUACUUUGGCGGCUGCCCCACCCUGCAGGUUCCUGGGCGUACUUUCCCAGUUGAUGUCCGCUUCCUCGAAGACGCCGUGGAGACCACCAAAUGGAAGGUCGACGAGAAGUCGCCGUAUGCCAGGCGCAGUCACGACAAGUUCUACAAGGGCAAGAACAAGAUCGACUGGACCGAAGAGCUCGGCAUCCGCGACGAGGACGAGGACGAGUCGUCUGACGCGACUGAGGACGCGAAGGUCCGCCUUGAGAAGAAGUACUCGCAGAGUACGGCGGAUACGAUCAAUCUUUUCGACGAUAGGUUCAUUGCGUACGACUUGAUUGUCCGCCUCCUCGAGCGCAUCUGCUUCGAGGACUACGAGUUGCAGUCGUACUCGGCCGCCAUUCUGAUCUUCAUGCCUGGCAUCAACGAAAUACGGCGCCUCAACGAUAUGUUGACGGAGCACAGGAUGCUUGGGAGUGAUGACUUCAUCAUCUACCCGUUGCAUUCGACCUUGUCGAGUGAGGCGCAAAGCUCGGUGUUCAAUGUGCCGCCGCCGGGGCAGCGGAAGAUUGUGAUCGCGACCAACAUCGCUGAGACUGGUAUCACCAUCCCGGAUAUUACCUGCGUUAUCGACACUGGCAAGCAUCGCGAGAUGAGAUUCGACGAGAAGCGCCAGAUCAGCCGCCUCAUCGAAACCUUCAUUGCCAAGAGUAACGCUGCCCAGCGACGCGGUCGCGCCGGCCGUGUCCAACGCGGUCUCUGCUUCCACCUCUUCACCAAGUUCCGCCACGAUAAGAUGGCUGACCACCCGUUGCCCGAGAUGAUGCGCCUCAGCCUCUCCGACCUCGCGCUCCGCAUCAAGAUCAUGAAGAUCCAGCUCGGCAACUCCAUCGAGGAGGUCCUCCUGCAGGCACUCGACCCGCCGCAGCCGGUCAACAUCCAGCGCGCGGUGUCGAUGCUGGUGGAGGUGCGCGCGCUGACGCCGGCGGAGGAGAUCACGCCGAUGGGCAGGCUGCUCAGCAAGCUGCCGACGGAUGUGCAUCUGGGGAAGUUCUUGUUGACGGCGGCGCUGUUCCGGUGCUUGGAUCCCGCGCUCACUAUCGCGGCGACGCUCAAUGCGAAGUCGCCGUUUGUCUCGCCCUUCGGGCUGGAGCAGGAGGCGGACCGGGCGAAGGCGUCGUUCCGCGUGGAGAACUCGGAUUUUCUGACCAUUCAUAACGCCUUUGCGACUUGGCGCCGAGUGAUUAACAACCCAAACAACAAUUCUGGGUUCGUCAAGAGGUUCUGCCGCGACAGCUUCUUGAGUCACCAGAAUCUGCAGCAGAUCGAGGACCUCCGCCAGCAGUUCCUUGGGUAUCUGGUGGACUCUUCGUUUAUUCACGUUGACCGCGGCUUUAUUCGCGAAUUGCAACGUUCACGGUACACCCGCAGCCGCACCCGCUUCGUCAACGUGCCCGCCCAAUUCGACGUCAACUCCGACAACGCGUUCCUCGUCAACGCCGCGCUCGCCGCCGGCCUUUACCCCAAGCUCCUCUCCGUCGACCGCAGCAGCGGGGCCAUGCGCACCAUCACGAACAACCAGACGGCCUUCUUCCACCCGUCGUCUGUCAAUUUCGGUCGCCGGCCUCUUGACUUUGGCGUCAAUCAUCUGGCGUACUUUACUCUGAUGCAUUCGAAGAAGCUGUACGCUUGGGAGACUAGCCCGGUCGAUGAUAUGGCAAUCGCCUUGCUGUGUGGUGACCAGGACUUCAAGUUGAUCGCCAACUCCCUCUCCAUCGACCGCAAGAUCCGCUUCCGCGUCGACCCCAAAGUGAACAUCGCGCUCAAGAUCCUCCGCAACCAGCUCGCGGCCAACUUGUCCCAGCAGCUCAAGGGCAAGAGGUUGGAGGGGACGCAGCCGCAGUGGCAGGAGCUGGCGAUGAUGGUGCUGGGGAAGGUAAAGUUUGAGGAGGAGGGGCAGCGGUCGAUUAUGUUGUCAACGUAGUACGCUUGUGUGUCAAGGUUCUAAGUUGGCAUGUAGUAGGACCAUGUCGCCAACCUUGAAUCUAUGGCCAGUGUGAUGUUGCGUGA